UUACAAAUGAAGCUGCUCAUCUUGACGUUUAUUUUGAUUCUGGCGCUGCCUCAGGUGUAUCCCACUAGCCCAGAUGGCGACCAGCCAGUGUGUAAAGACGGCAAAUGCGUGUGUAACCACACACACAAUUAUAUAUACAAUCCACACACAAAGAGCUGCGUGUGUCCAGCUUUUUUUGAGUUCGCUUUUGGCAAAUGCUCCUCGUUUGGAUCCAUUGCAAGUGGCAGCAAAGCUGAGCUCACAGGCAUAGACGAGAACGGCAAGAGGUUUUGCCGCAUGGGCUAUCAAUGGGUGGAGGAAAGGGAAAUGUGCGUGCUGGCACCAAAACAAUUCAGAGCCUUGAAGCCGGCUGGCGAAACAGAGACACAAACUGAUGAUCCCUUGUCGUGCCCACCCUGGAUGCCCUUCGAUAAGCAUAAUCACAGAUGCAUACCCAAAACCGCUGUGAAAACUACUGGUAACGAGGUGCAGUACAUCAACAAUCAGCAGGUAGCAAAGAAGCUCAGGGAACACGCUAAGCACAAAGCUGCAAGUCCAGACGACGCACCCCAGUAGCUGUAGCAUUAGUUGUAAGCAUGCCAGUUAUAUUCGUAAAGUAUCUCAAUAAAAAAGAGAAGAGCAAUCGAGUGCGCAGCUCGUUAUAAAAUUUAGCUGGCAGCACACAAGUUGUUAAGCGUGCAACAAAAGCAGCGCCAACAAAUUACGUAUACGCCAGCAGCACAGUGUCAAGUGAGUUGCUGCGACAGCGACUGGACAGCUGUCCCGCCUGG